AUGUCGAGUCCCGACAUGACAUUGUUUCGCGCUUUUCUUUCGCUACUCUCCCUUGAAAACUAUUUUGUGUAUCUUCUGUUGCCAGGAAAGAAAGACUGGAUUCAAGUUAGCCCAGUUUGGUUCCUUGGAAAAGCAGUUCAAAGCAAAGGGUUGACGGGUGGUGGAGUCCCAGGGGGUUUUGUCGUUCAAUGCUUUGAUCCGCGCACCUUAUUUCUGAUUGAACCACUUCCUCGAAAGGACAUCGUAUCGGUGCCUGAAUAUGGGCUAGCGGUACACCAACCUCCCCACCAACUGCUACGCCCCGCGGGGCUUCUUCCUAGCGCUAUUGAAAUGAUAUUCCUAUUAUUGGUCCUAGCAAUAUCCCUGGACCAGGGCACGGCACCUAUCCAACUAUGUCUUGUUUCGGUUUCGGAUCCGGGUAGUAGAGUCCUAGGCAUCGGCAAAGCCAACAAGGGAUUAACUCCCGAGCGCAUCUUCCUUACUAUUGAUAGGCAAGAACCUUCCUCGCCACGAGAUAGCAAACAAACUACCUUCCUCGCAAACCUAAAGGAUUCUCCUGGACUCGGUGAUUAG